AUGAUGUGCGAGGUGAUGCCCACCAUCAGCGAGGACACGGCGCUGAGCCAGCGGGGGUCCCAGAGCAGCGCCUCGGACCCCGACUCGCACUUCGAGCAGCUGAUGGUGAACAUGCUGGACGAGCGGGACCGCCUGCUGGACACGCUGCGGGAGACCCAGGAGAGCCUGGUCCUGGCCCAGCAGCACGCCCAGGACGUGGUCUACGACCGGGACUCGCUGCAGCGCCAGCUCAGCUCCGCCCUCCCCCAGGAGUUUGCGGCGCUGACCAAGGAGCUCAAUGUCUGUCGAGAGCAGCUGCUGGAGAAGGACGAGGAGAUCUCGGAGCUCAAGGCUGAGAGGAACAACACCAGGCUGCUCCUGGAGCACCUGGAGUGCCUGGUGUCGCGGCACGAGCGGUCCCUGCGGAUGACGGUGGUGAAGCGGCAGGCCCAGUCCCCCUCGGGCGUCUCCAGCGAGGUGGAGGUGCUCAAGGCGCUCAAGUCGCUGUUCGAGCACCACAAGGCACUGGACGAGAAGGUCCGAGAGCGACUGAGGGUGUCCCUGGAGAGAGUCUCGGCCUUGGAGGAGGAGCUAACGGCAGCCAAUCAGGAGAUCGUGGCCUUACGGGAGCAGAACGCCCACAUCCAGAGGAAGGUAGCAUCUGGGGACGGGGAUGACAUCCUGGAUGAAGCUCAGCUGAAGAAACAUGGAAAGCAUCGUCUGUCCAACGGCUCCCUGGAUUCGGGCCAUGAGGCCAGCCAGGUGGCGGAGCUCCAGGAGCUGCUGGAGAAGCAGAACUACGAGCUGGCCCAGAUGAAGGAGCGCAUGUCCCUGCUGUCGUCGCGCGUCUCGGAGGUGGAGCUAGAGCUGGAGACGGCCCGCAAGGACCUCAUCAAGUCGGAGGAGAUGAACCACAAGUACCAGCGGGACAUCAAAGAGGUGGGGCUAGGGAAGACGCUCAGUCACUCAGCCUUGUGUCAGAAGGAGGACAUGGAGGAGCGCAUCGUGACCCUGGAGAAGCGUUACCUCAGCGCCCAGCGGGAGUCCACCUCGCUGCACGACAUCAGUGACAAGCUGGAGAACGAGCUGGCCAAUAAGGAGGCCUUCCUCAGACAGAUGGAGGAGAAGAACCGUCAGCUGCAGGAGCGCCUGGAGCUGGCGGAGCAGAAGCUGCAGCAGACCAUGAGGAAGGCCGAGACCCUCCCCGAGGUGGAGGCGGAGCUCGCCCAGAGGAUCGCCGCCCUCACCAAGGCGGAGGAGCGUCACGGGAGCAUCGAGGAGCGCAUGAGGCACCUGGAGGGGCAGCUGGAGGAGAAGAACCAGGAGCUGCUGAGGGCUCGACAGCGGGAGAAGAUGAACGAGGAGCACAACAAGCGUCUGUCGGACACGGUGGACCGGCUGCUCACGGAGUCCAACGAGCGUCUCCAGCUCCACCUGAAGGAGAGGAUGGCUGCGCUGGAGGAGAAGAACCUGUUGAUCCAGGAUUCAGAAAGUUACAGGAAACAGUAUGAGGACUCGAUACAUGAAAAAACCCACCUGGCGGAGGAGAUCGAUAAGCUACGAGGGGAGCUGGAUCAGUUCAGGAUGCGGACCAGCUCCCUCACUGAACCCACCCUGUCCCGGUCUCACAUGGACACGUCAGGGGAACUCCGCUACUCGCUGGGCUCGCUGGCGGAGACCCAGUCGGACCACUACCGCUCGGCCAAGGUCAUCCGACGUCCCCGGAGAGGUCGCGUGGGCCUGAGGGAGUCCAAGGCUAAGUCCCUUGGCGAGCAGGAGUGGCGCUCCCAGCAGCUCGGGAUUGGCGGCCACCCGUUCGAGAGCGACACGGAGAUGUCGGACAUGGACGACGACGACCGCGAGACGCUGUUCAGCUCCAUGGACCUCCUGUCGCCGGGCGGACACUCUGACGCGCAGACGCUCGCCAUGAUGCUGCAGGAGCAGCUGGACGCCAUCAACAAGGAGAUACGGCUGAUCCAGGAGGAGAAGGAGUCGACGGAGCUGCGGGCGGAGGAGAUCGAGAACCGCGUGGCGAGCGUCAGCCUGGAGGGCCUCAACCUGGCCCGCAUGCACCACCACCACGGCGGAGCCUGCAUCACCUCCUCCGCCACCGCCUCCUCGCUGGCCUCCUCCUCCCCGCCCAGCGGCCACUCCACCCCCAAGCUGGACCCCCGCAGCCCCGCGCACGACAUGGAGCGCAUGGGGGUCAUGACCCUGCCCAGCGACCUGAGGAAGCACAGGAGAAAGAUAGCGGCGGUUGACGAGGACGGACAAGACAAGGCCACGAUCAAGUGUGAGACGUCCCCUCCCCCGACGCCGCGCACCGUUCGCAUGACGCACACGCUGCCAGCGUCAUCGCACAACGACGCAAGGGGGAUGGCGUCCUCGCUGGAGGCCGAGGCCAGCGCCCUGAGCAGCGUGGCCAGCAGCCAGGACUCGCUGCACAACAAGCAGCCCAAGAAGAAGGGCAUCAAGUCGUCCAUCGGCCGGCUGUUCGGCAAGAAGGAGAAGGGGCGUCUGGGGCACAUGGCCCACCGACACGACAUGGGCAUGGGGAAGCUUGGCACUCAGGCUGAGAAAGACCGCAGACUGAAAAAGAAGCACGAGCUAUUGGAGGAGGCCAGGAGGAAAGGCUUACCAUUCGCCCAAUGGGACGGGCCGACAGUGGUCGCCUGGCUGGAGCUGUGGCUGGGCAUGCCCGCCUGGUACGUAGCGGCGUGCCGGGCCAACGUGAAGAGCGGCGCCAUCAUGUCUGCGCUGUCGGACACGGAGAUCCAGCGGGAGAUCGGCAUCAGCAACCCGCUGCACCGCCUCAAGCUCCGCCUCGCCAUCCAGGAGAUGGUGUCGCUCACCAGCCCCUCGGCCCCGCCCACCUCCAGGACCGCGUCGGGCAACGUGUGGGUCACCCACGAGGAGAUGGAGACCAUGGCCGCUCCCUCCAAGACGAAAUCUCAGUCUGAGGAAGGCAGCUGGGCACAGACGCUGGCCUACGGCGACAUGAACCACGAGUGGAUCGGCAACGAGUGGCUGCCCAGCCUGGGCCUGCCCCAGUACCGCUCCUACUUCAUGGAGUGCCUGGUGGACGCCCGCAUGCUGGACCACCUCACCAAGAAGGACCUCCGCGUGCACCUCAAGAUGGUGGACAGCUUCCACAGAACGAGUCUGCAGUACGGCAUCAUGGGACUGAAGAAGCUGAACUACGACAGGAAGGAGCUGGAGCGACGCAGAGAGCGCAGCCAGCAGGAAACACGCGACGUGCUGGUGUGGAGCAACGAGCGCGUGAUGCGCUGGGUGCAGAGCAUCGGUCUCCGCGACUACGCCAACAUCCUGCUGGAGAGCGGCGUGCACGGCGCCCUGGUCGCCCUCGACGACAACUUCGACUACAGCAGCCUGGCGCUGCUGCUGCAGAUCCCCAACCAGAACACUCAGGCACGUCAGAUUCUGGAGCGCGAGUACAACAACCUGCUGGCCCUCGGCACGGAGCGUCGGCUGGACGAGUGCGACGACAAGGACUUCCGGGGCCCGUCGUGGCGGCGCCAGUUCCCGCCGCGGGACGUCCACGGGAUCAGCAUGAUGCCCGGCUCGGCGGAAACGCUCCCGGCGGGAUUCCGUCUCACCACCGGCUCGGGGCGCUCGCGCCGCCUGCCCCCGGAGGUGGGGCCGUCCAUGGUGCAGCGUCUGGACAGCUCCACAGUAAGAACGUACUCGUGCUGA